AGAAGAAGUUCUCCAGUCUCGUUAAAGGUGUCAACAUGGCGGCGGUGGACGUCGUCGUGGGCAACUUGGUGACUCUUUGGAGGAUACCAGCCGUCCGACAGAAAUUCCCUUGGAUGUUUUUGCUCAUUUCGGUCGUGGGUUCCAUCCUUAAAGAGUUCCAGGUCAUCCCGCAGACGUAUUUCAGCAGCAGCAGAAAUAUCCUGAACGUGUAUUUUGUCAAAGUGUCCUGGGGUUGGACACUGCUGCUCCUGACUCCCUUCCUCCUCCUCUCCAACACCGCAUUCAGCAGGAACUGUGUUUUCCUCACCCGUAGGCUCCUCUCUCUGGCAGUGGCGACGGCCUUGUGGUACGUUUGCACCGAAACCUUCUUCUACAUCGAGGACGUGACCGGCUCGUGUUUUAAAGCAGACUCCAUGGACAACGUCAGCUUAGAGUACACCUCCAAAGCCGCCUGCAGGCGCGCUGGCUUGCACUGGCACGGCUACGACAUCUCUGGACACUCUUUCAUCCUGACUUAUUCUGCGCUGUUCAUUGUGGAGGAAACCGCACCCAUGGCCUCUCUGAGGGCCGAGAGUUUGUCAGUGCUCCCAAGGAUGGUUCUAAACUUUCUCUAUGUGGCACUAAACCUUAUCGUAAUUAUAUGGCUGUGGAUGUUUAUUUGCACCGCUGUUUACUUCCAUGACCUAUCUCACAAGGUGCUCGGUACUGUAACUGGACUGCUGGCGUGGUAUCUGACAUAUCGGCUUUGGUAUCUUCACCCUUUGUCUCCAGGACUCCCCCCUCAACGCCACAUGAAAGAAAAGAAACAAAACACUUAGGCAGCUUUCUUAUUGUCUACGUUUAAAGGGGAACUGCACUUUUUUGGCCUGUUACCUAUUGUUCACAAUCAUUAUCAUUAUCAAUCACGACGGAUAUAUUUAAAAAAAAAUAAAAGUCUGCUUACAGCGGAGCCAAUGGAAACUCAUCUUGUUCGGCUAUAAAACGUUUUUAAAAAACAUUAAAAAAGCGCCAACAAUACUCCAUUUACAUUUUGUGACAUCAAUAUUAAACAAGUAUUAGUGAUAUUGUUAUUAUAAGCGCUAACAAAGACAAACUAUUUAUAGCAGCACCAUGAUCACAAGCUUGUGUGCCAAUGUUGACAUGAUCGCCUAAUCAGCUGCUUUCUCGUUUCCUUGCUCGUCAAACUAUUGUAGAGCAUGAAUAAUGCCUUUCACCUGAAUAGUAGAAGGACGAAGAUGUAUUCUGACAAGUUGGUACACUUUGACAGACAAUUUAGACCCGGUAAUGGCGAGAACGACAGGAAAAGACGCUUGGUUCCACCCUUUUUUUCUUAGUGAGGAUUAAGAGUCAUUAUUCAUCUAAAUGGGAAUAUAUGAGCAACCUAUCAGUGCAUCAUAAUGAUAGCAGACAUUGUACAGUAAGUCAUAUAUAUAUAUUUUUUGGCUCUCAUGAAGUCUGCAGUGAGUAAUAAUCAUACAACUUUACAUAUAUACUUACAUCAUGCAUAUACAACCUCAAUGGAGGUGUUUGGAUGUUUUUAAGGGCUUUAUAGGCAGAAUAGAGCAAAUCCUAAAGGCGGCAUUGUAAGCAGAUGUUUGAUUGUGUUUAUUCAAGAUUUAGAAUAGAUAAAUGUGUAUCGGCUGGGACAUCUCUGCGCUGCUGAUCCGCCUCCGCUUGGGAUGGUUUCCUGCUGGCUCAGCAGUGGACGGGACUCUCGCUGCUGUGUUGGAUCCGCUUUGGACUGGACUUUGCGGCUGUGUUGGAUCCACUAUGGAUUGAACUUUCACAGUAUCAGUUUAGACCCGUUCGACAUCUAUUGCUUUCAGUCCCCUGGGGGGGGGGUUGCCCACAUAUGUGGUCCUCUCCAAGGUUCUCAUAGUCAUCAUUGUCACCGACGUCCCACUGGGUGUGAGUUUUCCUUGCCCUUAUGUGGGCCUACCGAGGAUGUCGUAGUGCUUUGUGUUGUGGUUUGUGCAGCCCUUUGAGACACUAGUGAUUUAGGGCUAUAUAAAUGAACAUUGAUUGAUUGAUGAUUGAUUGAAAACAUCCAUGUCCUUCAUAUUGAUUGUGAACGAUAGGCACAAUUCCAAUAAAGUGCAGUUCCCCAUUGAAAUGGAUGCACUGUUUUAAAUUAGUACUUUCUAGUGGGGAGAAUCAUUGUGCACAUUUUUUUCGCUGCUAUUUCCAUAACUACUAAUUUGGUAUGAGAGCAGGGGUUUACAGUCCAUUUGGACAUUAGUGACAAGUGUUGUUUCCAGACCAACGUACACUACUUUUUCCGUGUUUUUUUAAGACAAGAUCCCUUUUAGGUGGAUUUUAAACAGCGUCACUUUUGAUUUGGAAUUAUUAUGAGACUAUUUAUUUGUUUAUGUGAUGCAUUGAAAGGUUGAUCAAACUGCUUGUUAGCUGCCUUGCAUGUGCCAAUAACAUGGAAUAAAAUGUUUCCACUCAAUAAAGUGUUGGGCAAUGUU